UCCCCUUCUCGCUCGUGGGCUUGGGAUCCCUUCGGCCCUGAGGCGGCGGCGUCCAGAGGUGCGCGGCGCUCGGCCUGCGGGCACCCGCCGUCGGCGAGUCAGCGGGAGGGCGGCGGCUGCGGCGGCCUGGGCAUGGCGGCGCUCUACGGGGGCGUGGAGGGGGGAGGCUCACGGUCCAAGGUCCUUUUACUCUCAGAGGAUGGGCAGAUCCUGGCAGAAGCAGAUGGACUCAGCACAAACCACUGGCUAAUCGGGACAGACAAGUGUGUGGAGAGAAUCAACGAGAUGGUGAACAGGGCCAAACUGGAAGCAGGGUUGGAUCCUCUGGUCCCUCUACGAAGCUUGGGCCUGUCCCUGAGUGGUGGGGUACAGGAGGACGCAUUGAGGAUCCUGAUGGAGGAGCUGAGGGACCGGUUUCCCCACCUGAGUGAAAACUACUUAAUCACCACUGACGCCGCUGGCUCCAUCGCCACAGCUACGCAGGAUGGUGGGAUCGUGCUCAUCUCUGGAACAGGCUCCAACUGCAGGCUCAUCAACCCUGAUGGCUCUGAGAGUGGCUGUGGUGGCUGGGGCCACAUGAUGGGGGACGAGGGCUCAGCCUACUGGAUUGCACACCAAGCAGUGAAAAUAGUGUUCGACUCUAUCGACAACCUAGAGGCAGCUCCUCAUGACAUUGGCUACAUCAAACAGGCGAUGUUCAACUAUUUCCAGGUGCCAGAUCGGCUAGGAAUCCUCACCCACCUGUAUAGGGACUUUGAUAAAUGCCGCUUUGCUGGGUUUUGCCAGAAAAUUGCAGAAGGUGCUCAGCAGGGAGAUCCCCUUUGCCGGUUUAUCUUCAGGAAGGCUGGGGAGAUGCUGGGCAGGCACGUGGUAGCAGUGCUGCCGGAGAUUGACCCGGUCUUGUUCCAGGGGGAGCUGGGCCUCCCCAUCCUGUGUGUGGGCUCUGUGUGGAAGAGCUGGGAGCUGCUGAGGGAAGGUUUCCUUCUGGCGCUGACCCAGGGCCGAGAGAUCCAGGCCCAGAACUCCUUCUCCAGCUUCACCCUGAUGAAGCUGCAACACUCAUCUGCCCUGGGUGGGGCCAGCCUCGGGGCCAGGCACAUCGGGCACCUCCUCCCCAUGGACUACACUGCCAAUGCCGUUGCCUUCUACUCCCACACCUUCUCUUAGGGCCUGGCCCUGGCUCCACGUCUCCAAACCCAUUGGACACUGGGUGCUGGAAAGGAGGAGGCUUUUUUUCCUUCUCCUUUUUUUUUAAAAAAAUGGAAAACACAUAUAAAAGAAAAUAAAUGCACUUUAUCUACUUUUCA